AUGUUCCUGCUCUGGUUCACUAUCCGAAGAUUCAUCCAGGCAUCUUGCCGUGGCCUCGACUCCGACUGCCACCGCCAUAUCAUUCGCCCCCAGGGAAUGAUAUACACAAUGAGUGGAAGGGCAAGAGGAAUUAGCAUCCCCUUGUGGUCAAGACAGGACAACGCAGCACCAAUGUGGACUCUGGGGGCCUUUUCUCAACUCUCGCAUUCUUUUGGAAAAAGGUCAAAGGUAAUCGAGGAGAGGCGGCGAGGAGAGGGAAUGUGGACGAAAAUGUGCCUGUAUGAAGUUGGUGUCAUUGAAUCCCACAUGAACUAUGAUAUACUCAAUUUCCUGAUGCUGGUUUAAAAUGUUUGGGAGCAGCUUAUUGAUGUCCUGUACUCAGCUCCUGGAUACACAACAUUUUUGCUCCUGUCAAAUCAAAUCAAAUUGUAUUUGUCACAUGCACCGAAUACAACAGGUGUAGACCUUACAGUGAAAUGCUUACUUACAAGGCCUUAACCAACAGUGCAGUUUUAAGAAAAAUAAGUGUGAAGAAAGUAUUUACUAAAUAAACUGAAAUAUCUUUUUGUUUACAAAAAAAUUGAAGAAAAUAUAAAAAUAAUAAGAGAAAUACAAUCGUGGUAAAACAUAGUUUGGAAAGCAAAUGACUAUUGUUGUAAAGAGAAUACAAUUAAAAUACUCUAAUCUGUCUUUUAGUUAGGCUAUCAAAAUUCUCAACUUAAUUAAGUGAACUCUACGUUACACUCUGUGCUAUACACUCUUAGAAAAAAGGUGCUAUCUAGAACCAAAAAGGGGACAGCUGAAGAACAUUUUACAUUUUAGUCAUUUAGCAGACGCUCUUGUCCAGAGCGACUUACAGUUAGUGAGUGCAUACAUUUUCAUACUGGCCCCCCGUGGGAAUCAAACUCACAACCCUGGCGUUGCAAGCGCCAUGCUCUACCAACUGAGCUACACGGGACCAGGUAGAACCCUUUUGGAUUCCAUGUAGGGUUCGACAUGGAACCCCAAAUAGUUCUACCUGGAACCAAAAAGGGUUCUCCUAUGGGGACAGCUGCAGAACCCUUUUGGAACCCUUUUUUCUAAGCGUGUACGCGCUCAGCCAUGCAUUGAACAAUAUUUUUUGCGAACAGUAAUCAAGUUAAAUUAUGACUAUCCAAUUUACUCACCACAUUAUGAAUAAUAAGCGAUCUUACAUAAGUCUGCAAAUGCGAUGAUGAUGCAUGAAAUGCUUUAUUAUAAAGGUUAAUUUUUAUGGUGAACAUUUUUAGAUGUCUCAGAUCCACUGGGCACAGCCGUCAGUUCAACGUCUAGUUUUGAUUGACAUUUGACGGAGUUGUCAACUGUGACGAGUACUGAGUAUACGAAGAGGCAGGACACAGAUGCAGGAAUUAACAAGGUCAAGGUUAACUUAAACAAUGACAAAGAGAAAUAACAAGGAUAGAGUACACGGCACGAAGCUAAACAAUCACACACAACAUCAUAAGGAACAGUCCAGGACUAAAUAGGGGAGGUGAUUAGGGUGCGUUGGGUUUCCAUUCCGGUGUUGCCGAGGUGGUGUGCUCAGACCGGUGGCUCAGUAGACCGACGAAUCAGAGCGCCGGAGGGGAGCAACGGGAGGAGACGUGACAUCAACUAACAUGAAUUCAAAGUGAAAUCAACAAAACUUUGAACCAUGUCAUUGGAUUUAGGUUGAAAGUUGGGUAAAGAAAGUCACAAAAUUAUUUUACAUUGAUGACGUUUUGCAUAUCCAAUCACUUUUCCACAUUGAUUCAACGCCAUCAGAAGGGGUAAGACUGAAUUUUUGUUGUUGAAAUGAUGUGGAAACAACAUUGAUUCAAUCAGUUGUGCCCAGUGGGAUAUGUACAACAUUGAUUCAAUCAGUUUGUGCCCAGUGGGAUAUGUACAACAUUGAUUCAAUCAGUUUGUGCCCAGUGGGAUAUGUACAACAUUGAUUCAAUCAGUUUGUGCCCAGUGGGAUAGGUACAACAUUGAUUCAAUCAGUUUGUGCCCAGUGGGAUAUGUACAACAUUGAUUCAAUCAGUUUGUGCCCAGUGGGAUAUGUACAACAUUGAUUCAAUCAGUUUGUGCCCAGUGGGAUAUGUACAACAUUGAUUCAAUCAGUUUGUCUCAGAGACUUUUGUUUACUCCUACUAUCUUUCCACUGACCUGUACAGAGUAUCUCUCCAGAGUAUUAUGGCUUACCAAUACCAAACCAGGCAACUUUACUCAGUGUAUACGUCAAUGUUAUUCUCAGAGGCAACCCGGAACACAUCCCAGUCCGCGUGAUCAAAACAAUCUUGAAGCAUGGAUUCCCAAUUGGUCAGACCAGAGUUGAAUAGACCUUAGCACUUCCUGUUUGAGUUUCUGCCUGUAGGAAGGGAGGAGCAGAAUGGAGUAGUGAUCUGAUCUACCGAAAGUAGAGCAGGGGAGGGCCUUGUAGCCAUCCUAGAAGGGAAAGUAGCAAUGGUGGAGAGGUUUUGAAGUGCAAGUACUACAGGUAAUGUGUUGAUAGAACUUCGGUAGCAUUUUCCUCACAUUUGCUUUGUUAAAGUCCCCAGCUACAAUAAAUGUGGCCUCAGAAUGUGGUUUCCAGUUUGCAGAAGUCCAUUGUAGUUCCUUGAGGGCCGUUGUGGUAUCGGCUUGAGGGGGAAUAUACACAGCUGUUACUAUAACCUAAAAUAAUUAUCUUGGGAAGUAGUAUGGUCUGCAUUUGACUGUGAGGUAUUCUAGGUCGGGUGAACAAAAGGACUUGAGUUCCUGUACGUUAUCACAAUCACAACAUGAGUAGUUAAUCAUGAAACAUACACUUCCGCCUUUCUUCUUCCCAGAGAGAUCUUUAUUCCUGUCUGCGCGAUGUACUGAGAACCCAGCUGGCUGUAUGGACAGAGACAGUAUAUCCGGAGAGAUUUCCUUAUAUGAACUGUAACUCAGUAAAACCUUUGACAUUUUUGCAUGUUGCGUUUAUAUUUUUGUUCAGUGUAGUUCGAUGAUACUAUGAAAUGCUAAAUGGAUAGUCCACGCUCAAAACGAGUUCUAACAUUAUAAGAAGUUGCAAAACAACUUUUCAGCUACUGUAUUGGACUCCCGUUGACUUCUAAUGGUUCAUGUUUCAGGUGACAAGGGUGACCAUUGUCUUGAUGGUCCAGCAGGAGAGAUGGGGCCUAAGGGUGACGAGGGUCAGUGUCCAGCUACAUGUGACUCUGCACAGGGACCCCCUGGUGAAGCUGGCCUGCCUGGACCUGCAGGAACCAGAGGGCUGCCCGGGGUAGGAGGGAAACUUGGGGCUAAGGGACCCAAGGGAGACGCUGGUGAUAUGGAUGCGCCAGGCGCCCCUUCUCGCCAGGUACUGACGGCGAGAAGGGAGAGCAGGGGGUUGAGGGCGUGUGUAACUGCACAGAUGAAGCCGAUGGGCAGCAGGGACCCCAGGGAGAGAAGGGAGAGCAGGGUGAGGUGGGUCCUCAGGGAGAGCAGGGCAUAGCCUGGGUGAAGGGAGACCAAGGAGAGAUGGGUAUGAUGGGAAUCCCAGGGCCUUGCUCCCCAACUAUCUGCUCUGCUUUCUCUGCAGUGCUUAACACAAACUUCCCAUCACCCAACAUGCCCGUGCAGACUUCUCCCACAUCCUCUACAACAUGCAGGGCCACAAUGACCUCAUGACUGGCCUGUACACUGCCCCCGCUAACAGCACCUACAUCUUCAGCUACCACCUGUCUGUCUUUGGGAGGGUGCUGAAGGUGGGGCUCUUCCACAACUUUGUGCUGGUGGUGAGAACCACUGAGCCAGCAGAGCUGGGCACCGCCUUGCACAGGCGACCACGUGUAUAUGAUGGUGAAGGACACAAUCACCAACGGGAUGUACGCCAGCAAUGA